GCAUCACAUGAAGUUCCAGUGACUUCCAGACUCGUUCCUUUUGGUUCAUUAUACGCUUUGUUAACUUGUAUCCAUUAGCGUCCUAUUCAUUUCUUCUGCGGCAACAUCCUGACACCGCAACGAUGUCCCAACAAAGCCAAGAUUCGGAUAUCGACGAGUUGUUUGAGGAUAUUGACGAAGAUGCAAUUUUAGCAAAUUUGUCUCCGGAAGAACUUAGGGAACUCCAGACCGAAAUGGAUGUUCUGGCGCCAGAUCCAAAAGUACCAGUCGGGAUGAUACAGAAGGACCAGACUGAAAAACCACCAACGGGGCAGUUUGAUCAUAGGUCCCUUAUUGGUUAUUUGCACUGGGAGAAGGAAUCUUCAAGAAUGUUGGAAGAAGAAAGGGUUCCGGUGACACUUCUACCAUCAGAGAGACAUUUAGCAAUGGCCAAGGCAGAAGAAACAGUAAGUCAAAAGGACAAUGAUGUAGUGAAAGAAGAUUCAUCCAAAACAGUAGAAGCCAACAACGAGGAAAUUGAAGAAAAUAAGGUUCUGGAAGAAAAUAAGGUUCUGGAAGAAAACACGGUCCUGGAAGAAAAUAAGGUUCUGGAAGAAAACACGGUCCUGGAAGAAAAUACGGUCCUGGAAGAAAAUAAGGUUCUGGAAGAAGAUAAGGUUCUCGAAGAAACACCCGAAAUUGUGACAGAAGCUAACGAAGAAGUUCCAGAAAACAUCUGUAAAUCUGUCUUGGAAUCAGACUCCACAAGCAAUACUGAAAGUGUAGAGCAAAACCAUGAAAGUCCAUCAACUUUGACACAAGAUGAAGUGAUAUCCACAGCAGAUGAAAAAGAGUCAGACCCCGAACCUGACAAGAACUGUGUUGGGAAAGCUGAGAAUGCGUUCGAUCCUCCUGACCUAAGUGCCAUUAAAAAGCAGAUCGAGAAAGUGUCCAAACUCAACAUCCCGAAGAAGUUGGCCGUCGAUGCUAGCUUUAUUAAGAUGAGCGCAAGGCCUUCAGGCAAUCAAACCAAUUUAGACAGGACACUUCAAAAUAUCCGGGAGAACAAUCCAGAUAUAAAAGAGGUCAACCUGAAUAAUAUUGAGAACAUACCAAGAGAAAUGUUGGUUGACUUUGUAAACGCCUUGAAGAAAAACAAGCACGUGAAAACCUUUAGCAUGGCAAACGUUGGAGCGGAUGAAAACGUGGCUUUUGCGAUUGCCAAUAUGUUACGUGAGAAUAGAAGCAUCACAACGUUGAAUAUCGAGUCCAACUUUAUCUCUGGCAAAGGGAUUAUAGCCAUUAUUAGAUGUCUGCAGUUUAAUGAGUACUUAACCGAGCUACGAUUCCAUAAUCAGAGACACAUGCUUGGUCACCAUGCGGAGAUGGAGAUUUCAAGACUCUUGAAGGCCAACAACACUUUGUUGAAGAUGGGUUAUCAUUUUGAACUUCCAGGUCCCAGGAUGGUUGUUACCAACUUGCUCACUAGAAAUUUAGACAAACAAAGGCAGAAGAGGAAAGAAGAACAAAAGCAACAACAGAUACAAGAUCAAGAGAAGAUCAUAUCUCUGCUUGAGAAUGGAUAUGAUUUAGGAAUCCCACCAGAACUUUGGGAGAUGUUGCGUGGACCUCUCGCAAUGGAAAGAAUGCAGCCAAUUCCAGAAGAACCAACGCCUUCCAUAUCCAAAACUCCAAAAACUAGGCAAAAUAAAGUGAAGCCCACACAAGUCCAAGAAAAUCAAUGCAACUCACAGCCACCAUCUUUCCAAGAAGUGAAACUUAAAAAGUUGCAAACAAAAUCCACUGCCCAAAAGUUAAGGGAGCAAGAAGAAAAGACUAGCCUCAGAGACAUGAUACAACUCAAGAGGGCGAGACCCAAGACGAGCACGUCAGAAAAUUCACAGCUGUCAGAGAAAACCAAUCUCAAAGAUGUUAUAAAGACCCUAAAACCUGUGCCCAGGAAUCGGCCACCUCCUCUGGUCAAUCUAACGCCCAGAGAUGAACUUCUAAAGGAUAUCCGUCACAGUAACGUGGCCUACCUAAAAGCGGUACCGUUACCCAAAGAGUUGGAGUAAGAGGAAAACGUAAAAACACAAUGUUCUGGAACAUAGACUUAUGGCUUUUAAGUAACUUCUACAAAGAAUCGAGGAAUUGUAGAGACAACUGUAUGGGAUCAACACGGCGCGUAAAGGCAGAUGGCGCGGCACAUCCAUGGACGUGAUAUUUACCGGGUUUACAUAAUUCCUUCAUGAAUUAAAUACCAUUAGGUGAAAGCUGAUUGGCUCUUACAGCCUUAGGGGACAUGAAAAUAAUUAAUUACAUUGGUUUUGUCCAUUCACCCCCAAAUUGAUGUAACAACACUGAGACUCAAGGGAAGGCCAUACCUGGGACAACAUCUAGCAUUUAGUAUCACAAGAGUACUAGCUAAGGGUAGAGUUGUAUAACAAUAUGGCUACAUUGGUGGAUUUCUGGAAUGACAUUUAAUAUGCUAAAUAUAUUUUAUUACAUAAAAAAAUAAAAUAAAGACAGCUUUGACAAACA